ACCUUGAGGGAUUGGCACCAAUUGACACAUUUGGUACGGGAAGGAUAAAUCAGGGGAUAAACCGUGAGGAUCGCGAGAGCGUGAAUAAAGUCAGUCCACGGAUUACUUUUCGCGGCCGAAAGAAAGAUCCGAGUUGUCGAGAGAGAAGGUUCUCCGCGAUCUGUAAGAGCGGGAUUCAAACAUCGUACCAGGUCCAGGUCCAGCUGUUAUGGACAUGGUGAUGUCAAAUUUGCAACAGCAACGCCAAGUGACAGAGCAGCUGCGCCGCGAGGCCGCCUUGAAGCGGAUCACGGUGAGCAAAGCCGUCGAAGACAUCAUGAAGUACAUCACCGAGCACGAGCAGGAAGACUGCUUGCUGGUGGGCUUCUCAUCACAGAAGUCGAAUCCCUUUCGUGAGAAAAGCACCUGUGUCGUACUUUAAGCCUGCGUGCUUGAAGUAAAGGAUGGCACAGGAGAGACUAAUAAUAAUAUCACUUUUGCAUCUUUUUAAUUGCGCAUUGAUUCGUUGCAGCAAUAAGUAUACAUAUAUUCAAGAUUGUAGAAUCCAAGUAAUUUUCUAUUUAAAUUAUUUUAUGAUACAUAUUUAUAUAAGAUUGUUGAAAGUGUACAAAAAUUCGAAUUUUCUACCUUAACAUUUGCCAUUAGAAAUGCACAUUUUGCAUAGAGUUUAUAAGAUCUUUUCAAAACAUAGUUAAACAAUUCUGUGUGUUAUACAGGAAUUUGCACGUGCCUUACCCUUUUGUGGCCUAAUCAAAAUGACUAACUAUAGCAGAUAUAUUUAAAAUAGAACAUAAUAAAACAAUGUAUUUUGAUAUACAUAUAUAAAUGGAAAUAUUGUUAAACAUUCAUAUGCAUUUAAAUUGUCAGAAUAUUACCAUCUUGGUGCCUUAAUAAUUUUAUCUUCCUAUAUUUAUAAUAGUAUUAUUCUAAUAAA